AUGAGUAAGAAGGCCAAAUACAGGGAUAUGUGUGGUCUGCAAAGUUCUCCACCCUGCCUGGGCGCAUUCCUGUAUAUCCUUAAUUGUUUUCUUUUGUUGCUGCUCCAGAAGGAGGCUCUUGGCUGUCCAGCUGCUUGCCAGCUCUGCACAGGGAGACAAGUUAGCUGUCGUAAUUUAGGGCUUUGGAGCAUCCCACGGAACUUUCCAAAAACGACAAUUCUUGUGUACCUCAGUGGGAAUAAUAUAUCGCAUGUCAUUCCAAAUGAACUACGAGGCCUUCAGAAUCUUGCUGCACUCUACAUGGAUAACUCUAGUAUUUCGUAUGUACACCCAAAAGCUUUUGUGGAACUGCCCAGACUGUGCUACUUGCAUCUAAAUAACAAUAAUAUUAAGCGCCUGGAUCCAGGAAUCUUUGAAGGUCUUUCCAAUCUUCAUUGUUUAUACCUUCAGAAUAAUCAAAUAACGUUUGUUCCAAGAGGAUUAUUUAGUGAUCUCCUUUCUGUGAGAUAUUUAACACUUCAAAGAAAUCGUCUCAGUGUCCUUGGAAGUGGAACUUUCUUGGGAAUGAUGAGUCUCCAAACACUUAACCUAGCCAAUAAUAAGAUUUCACGGAUAUCAGAUUCAGCAUUUCAUCAUCUUGAAAACCUUGCAUAUUUGUUCCUUGAAGGUAAUAACUUAACACUUGUGCCCUCAAAUGCUAUUGGAAGGCUCAAAAAUCUUGAAAGACUUUCUUUGUCUCACAAUCCCAUUGGAUCAAUACAUCCUUUUGCAUUUAAAGGACUUAACAAGCUUAGACAUCUGUCUUUAAAAAACGUAAAGCUAAAAUGUAUUGCUGUAAAUGGAUUUUUUGGAUUAAACAACCUUAGCCAGUUAAUCUUAAGUUAUAAUGAUUUAGAAAAUAUAAAUUCCAGCACUUUUACUUUAUUGAACAACUUAAUGUAUCUGCAGUUAGACAGAAAUAAAAUAACCAGUAUUGGUGAUGGUACCUUUGAAAAAAUGGGACAGUCACUUAAAAUGCUCAGUUUAGCAUUUAAUAAUAUUACAGAGUUACAACCUGAAGUGCUCAAGCCCCUAGUGUCUUUAACUCAUCUACAGGUAAAUUACAAUCCUUGGAACUGCACCUGCAAAAUGCUUGGGUUGCUUAAUUGGCUCUCAUCGUCUCCUGUUCCUGUAAAAAUUCACUGUCAGAACCCCCUGAGCAUGCGUGGUAGACCUUUGCAUUACAUGAAGUGGGCUCAGUUUGCAAACUGCAGUAGCCCCACUUCCAGUCCAGAAACAGCCUGGAGCCUAGGAUCGGUAGGUGUCCGUCACAGCACUACCACGUUGCUGAUGGCGUGGCAUAAGGGAAACAGGCACAAUGCCUUUGAAGAGUUUGUCAAUGCAGAAACCAAGUAUGUUGCUUUCUGGGAAGGAACUACAGCUACAUCUGCUAACCCGUUGCCCUACGAAGAAAAUGCUGCUGAAAUUCCAUCGCAGGCAGCUACGGUAGUAUCAACAUUACCGGUGCAGAUACCAGCACAGAUGAUACCUGUUACCAGAACUGUAGAAGAAAAAGGUUUAUUUCCAACAGAUGCCACUCCUGUGUCGUUAAAAACAUCCCUACUUUGUACACAACAGGUUGAAAAGCUGAAUCAGGCUUUUGACAUUUUACUGGCCUUUUUCAUUCUGGCUUGUGCUGUGAUCCUGUUCUUAACCUGUAAAAUUAUUCAGUUUAGGCAGAAACUAAAGGUGUUGGAAAACUCAGGGGAAAAGAGAAUAGAAUAUUAUGGGGUUUAUCAGCCUGGCAGAUACAACAUAAAUGACACCGUGCAGUCUCUAACUCGGAAUUCAGUGGGGCAUUCAGAACUGGAUCAAAUCAGGCUGCUCAAGCGAACAGCAUCUGAAAGUCAGGCACAGGUCAUACUGUUUGAACAUUCAUCAUUGUAG